AUGCAACAAGAAGCAUCAUCAGACUUCGAUGCAAGACAUAGUCGUAAUAGCGGUGAAGAUUUGUGCGAGAAUACUCACUACUCGACUCUAGCCAGCGGUCGAUCAGAAUGGCGUCGAGAUGAGCAUGGACGUUUCAUGCAAGCACUGGAGCUUUACGGCUCAAGAAAGUCAGGAGACGAAUGGAGACAUAUCACUGCAUUUGUUGGCUCGCGCACAAUUGAGGAGGUGCGUACACAUGGACGGCAGUAUCUUAUGCGACUAAUCCAGCAAUCGCCUGCAUCCGCCGAAACCAGUCGCAAUACAUUAAGUGCAGGCGGUCACAAUAACGUGAGCCGACAAAACUACCAGUUAAUAAAAAGUUUUGAUCCGAGAGGAGGCAAAAGAUCAGUUCCAAGUACAACUGGAAACAGCAGGACUUUGAAUGCUGCAGCGUUUGAGUGUGCUCAGUCAAUGCGUAGUCCAUUUUCACCGCAAUAUCACAAUCGAGCGUUGCAUUAUCCACAACAUCAAAAGGAACUCACUACUUUGCGUCGACAAUCAAAGCCUUGGACAUUUCAUGAGGACAAAGCUUUCGAGACAGCUCUUGCACGGUGGGCCGGAGGUAGAUCAUAUCCGUGGGCAAGAAUCGCAGCAGCCAUUCCGGGGAAGACUGUAAGUGACGUUUAUAGCCGAUACGAAGAAAUGGUCGGAGAAGUCGCUUCAAUCGAGUCUGAAACGCUUCCCGUUUCUACAACAACUCGUUCAAUGUCAACGCUGAGUCAGCGUGCGAUUCCACCGCCACCGAUUGAGGUGCCGCCUAGAAGAGGUGGCACAGAUACAGCGAUGGGCAUUUUUCCACCAAGCAGAAGAUCGCGAGGCCGAAGAGGAUCUGCAAGCGGAUUCACUAUGCUCAGCCCAACAUUUCUCGAUUUUUUAGCGAAGGAAGCUGAAAGCGAAGAAAAGUCGUCUUUGCCAAUAUUGCCACUACCGUUUCCCGGGCAUUCAAGCUUGCCAUCUCCGUUGUUCUCGCCAACUUUAUUGCCAUCAAUGUCCUCUGCUAUCCUUAGCAGCAGUGAAGCUAAUUUAGCUACUGGUGGUCAACAAAGCAACAAGAUGUUAACUUCCGGUAAUGAUGACAGUAAGGUGGACGAUAUAGGUGACACAACCUCGACAAACACCACAGGCAAUAGUGAUGAGCCACAGAACUCCAGGGUACUCAAUGAGUUUCUUGCGAAUGAUUUCAGAUUUGACGACCCUAUUGGAUCUAUCAACCACAACAGUAAGAAAGCAUCAACUGCAAAUUUUACUGAUAGGAAUGAUGUAGCGAAACAGGAUAUUGAGAUGGCUGAUGCUUCUGCUGCUUGA